AUGCAACGUGUGCUGGAUUAUGCUUAUGAUGAAGAUGAAUCAGGAAAACGUCGUCGAACUUGGAAACCAGUUAAACAUCGAUUUCGAACUCUACCAAAUGAAUAUUAUGUUAACAGAUUUAAAAAAUAUCUAGAAAACAGUGGAACAAGACGACAAAAACUACAAGAAAUCGAUAAAUCUGUUUAUCAAAAAUUAGUUUAUGCAUGUGAACAAUAUCUUCCAGUCCAUGAUAUUGAUAUUCAACGUUGGGCUCUUAAAAGUGCAAGAGAAGUUGGUUGCAAUGAUUUUCAAGCAGCUGACAGUUGGAUUCACAACUUCAAAGCUAGACAUAGCAUAUGCUCUCGUAGAAUAACAAAUAUCAUUACUAAACGAGAAAUCUUAAAUGCUGAUGAAAUUCUUAAAUCGGAAGAAGAUUUCUUGAAAUUAUUCAAGAAGCUGUCUACAAAAUAUAAAGAAUCAAGAAUACUAAACACUGAUCGAGUUGGAAUUGAGAAAGAACAAUAUUCAAGAAGAACAUUGUCCUAUAAAGGAGAACGAAAAAGGUUUGGUGUAGUUAAAUCCAAGCAUGCAGCAACACAUUCUUAUACAGUGCAAGCAACAAUUUUAUUAGAUGGACAAUUAGUUGGCCCAAUGUAUUGA